GAGGAGAAGCGCUUAAAGCGGCGGGAGCGGGUGCGGGACUGGGGCUGGACCCAGGGCUGAGGCAGGCCGCCCCCCUCCCUCCCGCCUCAGUGGAUCAUGCCCAGGGCGGUGGCGGCGGCGGCGGCGGCGGCGGUUGCGGGGGGGAAGUGACUGGGCGGUGCCGGCGCCGGAGACGAUGCCGUUUCCAGUUACAACACAGGGAUCACAACAAACCCAGCCGCCACAGAAGCACUAUGGCAUCACAUCUCCUAUCAGCUUAGCAGCCCCCAAGGAGACUGACUGCCUGCUGACACAGAAACUCAUUGAGACUCUGAAGCCCUAUGGGGUGUUCGAAGAGGAAGAGGAAUUGCAGCGCAGGAUUUUAAUUUUGGGAAAAUUAAAUAACCUGGUGAAAGAGUGGAUUCGGGAAAUCAGUGAAAGCAAGAAUCUUCCACAAUCUGUAAUUGAAAAUGUUGGAGGAAAAAUUUUUACCUUUGGAUCUUACAGAUUAGGAGUACAUACAAAAGGUGCUGAUAUAGAUGCGUUGUGUGUUGCACCAAGACAUGUUGAUCGAAGUGACUUUUUCACAUCUUUCUAUGAUAUGUUGAAAUCACAAGAAGAAGUAAAAGACUUAAGAGCUGUUGAAGAGGCAUUUGUGCCAGUUAUCAAACUGUGUUUUGAUGGGAUAGAGAUUGAUAUUUUGUUUGCAAGAUUAGCACUGCAGACUAUUCCAGAAGAUUUGGACCUACGAGAUGACAGUCUCCUUAAAAAUUUAGAUAUACGAUGCAUAAGAAGUCUUAAUGGUUGCAGGGUAACUGAUGAAAUCUUACACCUAGUACCAAACAUUGACAACUUCAGGUUAACUCUGAGAGCUAUCAAACUGUGGGCCAAACGGCACAACAUCUAUUCCAAUAUAUUAGGUUUCCUCGGUGGUGUUUCCUGGGCAAUGCUAGUAGCAAGAACUUGCCAGCUUUAUCCAAAUGCAAUAGCAUCAACUCUUGUACAUAAAUUUUUCUUGGUAUUUUCUAAAUGGGAAUGGCCAAAUCCAGUGCUUUUGAAACAGCCUGAAGAAUGCAAUCUUAAUUUGCCUGUAUGGGACCCAAGGGUUAGUGUAUUAUUUUUUCCCCUACAAAUUCACACUGUAAAUAACGAGUAAAGGUCAUCUGUAUAAGCUCCAAGGAGACUUCCCAGUUUUUCACAGAUGAGUGGGACAAAGCUGUGUUGCACUCUCUUCUAGCUAACCUCAUCUAUAAUCAUCUGAUGUGAGAAGCAUAAUGAUGUGUCCUGUAAACCACAUUUAAUUGUACACAGUUAAUACAAAUUUCACUAAGACUUUAAUUCUAUAUAGAACUACCUUGUAAGUCCUCAGUUGUGUGGGCAUUUGUU